AUCCCCUUGCCACGCCGGCUGCCCCCUCCCUCCCCGGCGCGCAUUGUCAUCUGUCGACGACGCAUUACCUGGGCAUGCCGCUGUGUGCCUGACCAGACGACCAGCCAAACGCUUGGGGCGUUGCACUUUACUCCUCCCGUCAUUAUUAUCCUCUCCACAGUCGGCCCAGCCCUAUAGCAGAUCCACGGGCGGGUGUUGGCACCUUGUUCGGAUGCAUGAUAUCACUUGCGGCGCCACCCAACCCUUGCUUUCGUCAGGGAACCUUGACGCCGCCGCGCAAGCAAUUCGACUCCCUCGUCCCGGCCGGCACAUCCAUCAUCGCCAGCGCGCUGCAGCCACUGCGGGAGGCGGCGACCCGAGGAGCCGCCUUCAUUACUACAUACUAAGUUAGUCCAGCUGUGCCCGGUUUGCGCUUUGGGCAAACGAGGCCCAGCAGCAGCGCGCGUGACGGGCCCUAGCCGGACGACGGGUCAGCCCUUUCGGACUUCUUGCGCUCCUCUGUCCACCCGCCCACUGUCCAGCCAGCCCAUUUCGCAAGCUGCGGCGAAGCACGGUCGCGUUUUGUUACCGUAUUGCUCGACGGAACGUCCGGGGUCCCGCCAGACGACUCUCCCGACCACAUCCACGGCGCAUCCAACAUCGCACGUCGCAUCGCUCUCCGCUCCGUGUCUGCGCGACGGCGCGAGCUUGCCGAUUCCUACAAUUAGGCGACGCUUCCGACAGCCCCUCCGACCACCUCCGUCGCCCGCCCUACGACAACGACGGAACCACCCGCUGUCCGCUGCCAGGGCCUGGCGUGACCUGACGUGACCUGCCAUUCCCAUCUCAGCUCCCCCGUGGCGACCAGUCGAGGUGCUCGCCUCCCGGUAGACUCUGGCUUUCCACCCGCAGCAGCCCUGCAGCAUGGGAAAUGUCCACCCAAUUGCCCUCGCUUGCGCUCUCGAGCGAUGGCACACGCAGCUCAACCAACGACGGUGAAGGGGUGCCCAUACCGGGUGCCAACCAGGCCGGCGCAUCCGAGAUCCCGUCUACAGGUCCCAGCAACACCUUAAAUGGCCAAUCUUCGGCGCUUAGUCGCCGGUCCACCGCGACGUUACUGUCCCGAAGCAACACGUCACAAAAUGUUAGGGACAAGGAUGGUGCUAAAGGCCUGUCAAAGGCCUUGUCAACGACGCCGCCAGCUAAUGUCGGCCUGGAUCCUUUGAGCACGCAAAUAUAUCUUCGAACCACUAGCAAUACCGAACCUUCAAUAGCUCAGCGUUUGCGUAAUCCAACCAACAGACCGGAGAGCCCGACGCUGGAUAGCCUACAUGAUACCCCGACAAAGUCGUCCUAUGGGACGUUGGAUCUUAACAAGGAGCGAAGGAAGGGUCCGUCGUUUCUGAGCCGCCUGGGAAUGCGAGGGACAUGGAGAAAAGACGAUGAAUUACCAGACUCAGACUCGGAAAUGGGCGACCCUCGCACCGAUGGUAGCAACGCACGUGCCGUGACAUCGAUCCGUGGAGCGGGCGUUGGCUUCAUCCCCUUGUACAAGGAACCCCCACGUUAUAUCCGGGUCAAGCCUCACAACAAAAAGGGCCGUGAUUUCAACCACAUGUUCCUAGCACAAGAGCUGCUCGGCAGCAAGCAGUCAUCCGACGGAGAGCCUCAGGCCAGAGCCCCAGCCACGGUCGUGGGUAACAAGAUUCUCAAGGGUGGGGACGCUAUUUGGGCGGCCGAGUUCAGCGUGGACGGGCGGUACUUGGCUGUCGCGGGUAAGGACCAGACGGUUCGAGUGUUUUCGGUGAUUUCGACACCUGAGGAACGCCAGGCCCACGAGGAAGAAGAGGAGACCCAGAGCAAAGGCGACGGAGAAAAGCUGAGUGCUCCUGUGUUCCAGAGCAAGCCGACACGGGAGUUUGUGGGCCAUACGGGAGAGGUCCUGGCUCUAAGCUGGAGCAAGAACAGCUUUCUCCUAUCCUCGUCGAUGGACAAAACGGUCAAGCUGUGGCACAUGAGCCGCCAAGAGUGUCUAUGCACCUUCAAGCACAACGACUUGGUCACGUCAAUCGCCUUUCACCCUACAGACGAUCGAUUCUUCCUAGCAGGCUCUCUUGACGCUCAACUGCGACUAUGGAGCAUCCCAGACAAGGCCGUUGCCUUCUCGGUCCAGGCUCAUGAGUUCAUCACGGCCGUGGCGUUUUCUCCCAAUGGCAAAACAGCAAUUUGCGGGCUUUUGAGCGGUCUGUGCUUAUUUUAUGAGACGGAAGGCCUCAAGCUUCUGUUUCACAUUCAUGUACGGUCGUCGAGGGGCAAGAAUGCCAAGGGAAGCAAGAUCACGGGCAUCAGGACUGUCAAAGCUGCCGAUGGGUCCGAGGGCGGUGACGUCAAAGUGCUCAUCAGUUCCAACGACUCGCGUGUGCGGAUAUACAGCCUCAAGACACGCAUGUUGGAGGUCAAGUUUCGCGGUCUCGAGAACCAAUCGAGUCAGAUCCACGCGCGCUUUAGUGAUGAUGGCAAGUAUGUCAUAUCCGGAAGCGAGGAUCGGCGGGCAUACAUUUGGUCGGCAAGCAAUCCGGAGGCAGAGCUGAAGGACAAGCAGCCAUACGAGUGUUUCGAUGCACAUCCCGAGGUGGUGACUACCGCCCUAAUGGCGCCCGUCAAGAGCAAACAACUGUUGAGCGCGUCGGGCGAUCCCAUCUACGACCUGUGCAACCCGCCGCCGGUCCAACUUCUGAGCUUCGAAGAGACAUCGGCGAGUCAGACUCGACUGUCUGAAACAGGCAGCUCAGACCAUCCACAAAAUUCCAAGAAGCCUGAGGAGACACCGGCCUACAUCGAGCGUUCGAAGCACAUGGACGGCAACAUUAUCGUCACCACCGAUCGGACCGGAACCAUCAAAGUAUUUCGGCAGGAUUGCGCAUUCGUCAAGCGACAACAGAACACCUGGGAGACGGGGUCCAAGUUCUCUGGCAAGCUGACUGGCGUUGGGCGCAGCUCUAGCAUCAUCACCAAGACGAGCGCUGGCAGCCGGGUGAACUCUCGACGCGGAUCUCUGAACCUGGGACACAACCCACCACAGGUACAGCCGGCGAGUGACCGAAUUAUGAGCUGGCGCCAGGACAUUGAAGGCAGGGGGAGCACGCCCGCGGCAACGAUUAGGAGCGAGCGGUCUAUGUCACCAAUCAAAGCGAAUCGCUCCCCCCUCAACGCGUCCGCCGCAAAUCUAGCAUCCGAAGCCCGGAGGAAACCGUAUGCCUCUAGCCCAAUCCUUCGUGCGCAACACCCAGGGAGUCCCACAAGCAAUGUGCAGACAAGCAUGGCUUCGUUGCGGUCACGGAAGGACGAAGACGAGCCAGCGGUUCCGCCGACGCCGAGCUUCAGUUUGAUUAGCUCGCCAGACCCGGAAGCCCAAGAUGCAAAGGGAGACGGGAGCUUCUGGAAUCUAGGGCGCUGGAAGCCUAGCCUGCCCACGCUCUCUGGUCUGCGCUAUUCGACAACCUUCAACAGUCCUGCCACGGUAACGGGAUCGCAUCCUGCCGUGCCUCACGCUAGGACGGAGAGCGAGGGUGCCAGCCCUAGAACAGCCAAACCGUCAGCGCGGAGGAGCUUGGGCGUCAAUGACGGUCACCGUCUGAAAGUGACAGAUGAUGCGAGCAGACGACGAUCCACAGGCCCGCUUUUGAAGGCGAAAGCGAGGCUUAACGAAUCUGAAUCGAUAGCUGAGAACAUCGAUGAAUCUCCGGAAGUGGGAGACGAAUUGUUAAGCAGUAAGAAGCGCACAGAUUCGGGUGUGGCGGAGCUAAGUGCAGCAGAAUCAAACGACAGCGACAGAGGAGCGUGCCGAGGCUGUGGUGGCCACAGCUUCGAGACCAAACGACACGGGAGAGAGCGGACCGUGCAAGUUUGCAACCAGUGCGGCACGAAUACAUGAUACCCAACGCGGUGAGCAUUGCUUUCGCCCACGAUUAUCGAUGGGAGACGGACAGCGAGGGAGGGAGACGGAGAGCAAGCGAGACUUGGGGAACGAGCUUCCAUGCCGGAUGGCACGGCCUGAUGGUUGGAAACACAAAACCCAGUUUGGAGUUUGAGGCUGCAUAGAGCGGGCGACUGUUUACUGUAGGCAACAAAUUCGGCGUAUGUCACGGCGGGGACACACAAAGGUGACAAGGCAACACACAUCUCUUGUGGAAACAACGUGUAACAAAUAGCGCAGGAGAGGUAUAAAAGCCUGCUUGUGAC